GCGGAUUCCGGCGCUGGCCUCAGCGAUCGGGGCAACGGGGAGCUGGGGGUCUGCCUGUCCCGCACCCGCCGUGGGGUCGCAGAGGCUGGGUCCGCUCAGCGCGUGGAUGGGAAAGCGGGAGGGUCCCCGCGCCAGAGGGGUCCCAUAGGGAGAGCGCUGCCUUGGAGUAAGUUUUCCACGGCUCUGAGCCUAGCGAACGUCCGGACGGCCAGGCUGGGAGGGAGCCCCUUUUCUGGUCCUCUUGGUUUAAAAAAGAAGAAGGACGGGACGAAUACGGCGGAGGAGAGCGCGGUUAGAAGAGCCAUGUCAGAAGACACCAUAAGUGAAUCCCCAUUUUCCUUGAAGACUGCAGCAAUAAGGGUGUUUGAUCUUCCUCUGUCUUGGUACUAUUCUUUCUCUCAGAUCAAAUUUUCACCAGUUGCUAAAAAGUUGUUUGUGGUCACUACGGUGAGUGCCAUAUCUGUAAUCUUUCUGGCCCAUCACUUUAAAAGAAAACGUGGAAAAAAGAAAGGACAAAUAUUGCCGUGGGAACCAGAGCACCUCCUACUUGAAUACACUAAAAGAGCAGCUUCAGACAAAGGUUCAAGUUGUUCCAGUAGUAGACAGAAUUUGACAUUAUCGUUAAGUUCCAACAAAGAAAAAGGAUCUCAGUCUUGUAACUAUGCUAAUGGAGGACUUUUCAGUAAAUACUCAGGUUCUGCACAGAGUUUGGCCUCCGUCCAGAGUGUCAAUUCUUGUCAUAGCUGUGCUUGUGGCAAUUCUAACUCCUGGGACAAAGCGGAUGAAGAUGAUAUUAAACUUGUUAAUAUCCCUGUGACCACUCCUGAGAACUUAUACUUAAUGGGGAUGGAAUUGUUUGAAGAGGCGUUGCGUCGAUGGGAACAAGCUCUAACCUUCCGCAAUAGACAGGCUGAAGAUGAAGCCUGCGGUUCCAUCAAACUGGGUGCAGGUGAUGCCAUUGCUGAAGAAAGUGUAGAUGACAUUAUUAGUUCUGAGUUUAUUCACAAACUUGAAGCUCUGCUACAAAGAGCGUAUCGUCUCCAAGAGGAGUUUGAAGCCACGCUUGGAGCAUCGGAUCCUAACUCCCUUGUAAAUGAUAUUGAUAAAGACACAGAUAUUACCAUGAAGCGGAGUGUGGAUGACUUUGGCCUGCGAGACUCCUUGAGUGUGGCGUCAACUGACUCCUGUGCGUCAGCAGCAGAGCUUGGUGAGCACAGAGACGCGCCCCACACCUACAGCCUGGAGUCUCUUUGUCCCUGCCCCUUUUACGAGGAAGCCAUGCGUUUAGUGGAAGAAGGAAAAAUUUACUCCAGAGUGCUGAGAACUGAAGUGUUGGAGUGCCUGGGAGACAGUGAUUUUCUUGCCAAACUUCACUGUAUUCGACAGGCUUUUCAGGUAAUUCUUUCAGAAACAGCCAACAGGAUAUUCCUUGCUGAGAGUGGAAGGAAAAUUUUAUCAGCUUUAAUUGUGAAAGCUCGAAAGAAUCCAAAGAAGUUUGAAGAUGUUUUUGAUGAAAUGAUCUAUUUUUUAGAGCAGACUGAUCACUGGGAUAGCACUGAAAUGGAACUUGCUGCUAGAGGGGUAAAACAUCUAAACUUUUAUGAUGUUGUUCUGGAUUUCAUACUAAUGGAUUCCUUUGAGGAUCUAGAAAACCCACCCUCGUCCAUUCAGAAUGUAGUAAAUAAUCGCUGGCUAAACUGUUCCUUCAAAGAAACGGCUGUGGCUUCAAGUUGUUGGUCAGUGCUGAAACAGAAGAGGCAACAGAUGAAGAUCCCAGAUGGAUUUUUUGCCCAUUUUUAUGCCAUUUGUGAACACAUCAGCCCAGUCCUAGCCUGGGGCUUUUUGGGUCCUAGAAAUUCUCUCUAUGAUUUAUGCUGCUUCUUUAAGAAUCAGGUUCUUUUCUUUCUCAAAGACAUUUUUGACUUCGAGAAGGUGCGCUAUUCAAGUCUAGAGACUUUGGCUGAAGACCUCAUGCGGUUGCUCAUUCGCCGCACAGAACUUCUAACAGCCUACCUUGGAGCAGACGCCCUGAGGCAUACGAGCAGCUGUACCAGUGGUCAUGGUCAUGUAAUGUCUGGGGGGCUGUUGGAAGCCAAAGUACAAUAAGCAUCAAGAGAAUCAUAUAAUUUGAAUGUGCUAUGAAAUACUUUAAGGUAGCUAUUGAUUUUGUGUGUAUUAGUGGGUAUAGACUCAGGAAGGAAAACAAAUCUAGUAAAAAAGGAGUGACUACCCUAUGCUUCCCCAGAAGUUAGUCUGCCACGAAAUCCCUGUGUAGUGUCGCCAGAGUGGCUUUUUAUAACCUUUAGGUAAUUUAAGUCAUGAAAUGUUGUGAUUUUACAGGAAUAUUGCUUCAACUGAACCCAGUACUUGGGAGAUGAUUUGUUGUCUCGAAGCUGUCUGAAAUAUUCAGUGUCAUUCUCAGAAGCUGUUUUUAUGCUUUGCACCUUGAAAAUACACAUGUUAGUCAAGACCAUUGCAGCCCACACAUGCAAGAAUAUAUUACUCCUAGUGUCAAUGUAUUUAACUUUGCCUGAAAAUAUAUUUUUAAUAUAAAGUUAUUUACUUGUUUAAUUAAGUUUAGGCAGUAAUGUGUUUAAUAUGUACUGCUUACAUUACUGCUGGUGCGUGUGCUUCUGUGUUUGAGUCAAAAGACAUUGUAAUCACUCUAUAUUGUUAUAAAACAUUUAAAUGAAUUGACAUUGAGAAAUUUAUAGUUUAUAACUUUAUUAUAAUAACUAUAGUUUCCAAAAUAUAUUACUGUUGGUCCUGUAAGUUACAAUAGAGAGUUUUAUCUUUUUAUGGAUUAGUUACAAUAGAGAGUUUUAUCUGUUGGUCCUGUAAGUUAUAAUAGAGAGUUUUAACUUUUUAUGGAUUAGAGCAUCUUCCCCUUGAAUGGAUAUUUUUUUAAAAAUAUGGAACACUUGGUGAAUUUGUGUGUCAUCCUUGCACAGGGGCCGUGCUAAUCUCUGUGUGGUUCUGAUUUUAGUAUGUGUGCUGUUGAAGGGAGCACUUUGAUGAAUACUGAUUUAAAAGAUAACAUUUAUCAAUUAAGAAAAGCAUUUAAGAAUUUACCUUUUUUACGUGUAAUUUUGAGACUGCCUCCCAAAAUCUGAAAGUAUUGAACUUGGGAUAGUAAAAUAAUUUCUCCCUCAGUUUCCUUCUACAAAACUGGCUUUUAGUUAUUCCCACAGAGAACUCAGCAUACUGGGAAUUUGUCAUAUUAUGCUCAUAUUUUAAAAAUAUUUAUACUUUGAAUCUUAGUGAGGUUUUGCAGAAGGGUUUUUACUCCCCUGAACAAACAUAUUUUAAUGAUGUGGAAACAUUUCAUGUCUGUUAUGUUAAGAGGACGAACAAACGGGUUAUAGUAGCGAGUGAGGUUCUUCUACAGAGUGUGAUUUACUUUGAGAGUCGUAUCAAUUUUGCUUCUAAAUCCAUAUACCACUUAUUUGGAGUGGCUAAUUCAGUGUAUUGGUGGGUAGAUUUGUUGGUUUUGCUCCUAAGUUGACUUUAUUCAUUUUAGGAGUGAUAAGGUACCUAAAAUACAUUUUUUACAAGUGUAAUUUUAGACUAAAAAGUGCCUAGUUUCUGAUUAAUGAAUAGAAAAUUAAGAGUGAAUAAAACAAUCUUUAAAGAUUUAAAUUUAGGUAUGUGCCAUAUUUAUGUAAAUUAAUUACAAAAUAUGACAUUCAGAAUCUUUAUGCCAUUUUGCAUGUUCUGUGUUGGUUAUAGCAUUAAAUAUACAAAAUAUUGCCAUUAACUGUUUUCGAGGAUGUAGCUCCUUGAGCUUUCUUACACAGAAUCUUAAUUUAAUAAUUACCUAGUCAUAAUUCUCAUUAUUGAUGGAAGAGUGUGAUUAGAAGUACCAAAACUAAAAAUUCCGUUGUGUAAAAUGGAAUUAUUUUAUGCAAAAUAAAUUUAUUUUAUUUAUUUUUUUUUACAUUAACUUUGGCUGAUUGGAUAGUGUUUUAUUUUUUAAUAUUAUGGGUUUUUAUGAAGCACACACAUUCACCUGUGUGCACCUACAUUCCCAUGUAGGCCAGACAGUUAUUGCUUACAUCAAUUUACCCAUUUGAAGUUUUAAGCUGUCAUUUUAUAGGCAAAACCAUAAGUAAACUUAAUUACUUUUUUGAGAAGGAUACUGUUUGAAAUCAAUUUUGAAGAAUUGCACUACUUAAUAAUGCUGCUACAACAUAUGAUGACUCUCGGGAAUUUAUUAGAUGUGAUAAAUACCUUUCUGGAGGAUGGCUUUUUUCCUCUUUUACAUUCAUCUUUUCUUCCUUUUUUUUUUUUUUUUUGAGUCAGAGUCUCACUCUGUCAUCCUCAGUAGAGUGCUGUGGCAUCACAGCUCUCAGCAACCUCAAACUCUUGGGCUCAAGCAAUUCUCUUGCCUCAGCCUCCCAAGUAGCUGAGACUACAGGUGCCCACCACACUGCUUGGCUAUUUUUAGAGACAAGGUCCGUCUCACUCUGGCUAAGGCUGGUCUGAAACCUGUGAGCUCAGGCAAUCCACCCACCUGGGCCUCCCAGAGUACUAGAAUUGCAGGUGUGAGCCAUCACGCCAGGCUUCAUUUCAUCUUUUUUAAAAAAGUUGCUCAUAAUCAGGAGGUUGGCUUAUAAAUUCAGUGCUUGAGUUUGAUUAGUUUCAGGUCAGUUCAAUAGCGACUACUUUAGCAAGAUGCUUUAUUUGUGGCCUUUCAGGAAAGGGAUGAGUGACCAAAUAGAAUUUCAGGGAAAAACCUCUCUAUCGUAAGAGAAGGAACUUGAACUUUUUGAAGGAUACAUCUUCCUUUAUAAAAAAAAACACAUCUGACUGUGGGAGGGUACUUAAGACAUACGUACCAGUUGACAUUUGCCUUAAAAUUGGGUUAAACAGCAAAAGCAUUGUUCUCAAAAAUUAAAUAACUAAACUAGUUUAGAGCUUUUUAGGGUAAAACACUUACCUUGGUAGCAUUAUCAUAAAAUUGCCAUUGCUACCAUGAGUCCUGCCAUCCACUUGCAUGUGUUAAGUUUAAGAGGGCCUUGAAUUAGUCCUGAGAAAUGGCUUUUUUCUUCCUCUUUUCUGGAAGAAAAAAGAUAAAUGUUCAGGUAAUUUAUAGUUAGUGUUUCUUUUUUUUUUUGUAGAGACAGAGUCUCACUGUACCGCCCUCGGGUAGAGUGCCGUGGCAGCACACGGCUCACAGCAACCUCUAACUCAUGGGCUUACGCGAUUCUCCUGCCUCAGCCUCCUGAGCAGCUGGGACUACAGCCGCCACAAAGCCCGGCUAUUUUUUUGUUGCAGUUUGGCCGGGGCUGGGUUUGAACCCGCCACCCUUGGCAUAUGGGGCCGGCGCCCUACUCACUGAGCCACAGGCGCCACCCUAGUGUUUCUUUUUUUAUAUUUUGGUUUGUCUAUGUUUUUAUUCAACUUAAGGGUAAUUAUUGCUUCUCAAAAAUUAACAAUAUGUUUAUUAAAUCUCAAAAUG